AUGAGGUCCAGCUUCCUCCUCGCGGCCUCUGCCCUGCUGGGCUUCUCGGCCGCCGCCCCGCAGGCCGCUGCCUCUGCCUCUGCCUCUGUCUCUACCAACUCGACCUCGACCGCCACCUCUUCGGCCGCCACCUCGACCUGCUCGGGCAACACUGCCGACGACCGCACCACCUGGUGCGACUACGACAUCAGCACCGACUACUACAACGACGGCCCCGACACGGGCGUCGUCCGCGAGUACUGGUUCGUCGUGAGCGAUGUCACCGUCUCGCCCGACGGCGUCUCGCGCUCCGCCAUGGCCGUCAACGGCAGCAUCCCCGGCCCCACCAUCUUCGCCGACUGGGGCGACACUGUCCGCGUGCACGUCACCAACGACCUGACCACCAGCGGCAACGGCUCCUCGAUCCACUGGCACGGCAUGCGCCAGAACUACACCAACCAGAACGACGGUGUCGUGUCCAUCACCCAGUGCCCCAUCGCCGUCGGCGAGAGCUACACGUACGAAUGGAAGGCCACCCAGUACGGCUCGUCCUGGUACCACUCCCACAUCGGCCUGCAGGCCUGGGAGGGCGUCUUCGGCGGCAUCAUCGUCAACGGCCCCGCCACGUCCAACUACGACGAGGACCUGGGCAUGAUCUUCCUCAACGACUGGGACCACUCGACCGUCGAUGAGCUGUACGCCUCGGCCCAGGCCAGCGGCCCGCCCACGCUCGACACCGGCCUGAUCAACGGCACCAACACCUACAACGACUCGGGCACCGUGACGGGCUCGCGCUUCGAGGUCAACCUGACCGAGGGCACCAGCUACCGCAUGCGCCUGGUCAACGGCGCCAUCGACACUCACUUCAAGUUCAUGAUCGACAACCACACCAUGACCGUCAUGGCCAUGGACCUCGUGCCCAUUGAGCCCUACGAGACCACGGUGCUCGACAUCGCCAUGGGCCAGCGCUACGACAUCGUCGUCACCGCCGACCAGGCCUCGGUGGCUUCCGACUUCUGGAUGCGCGCCAUCCCGCAGAGCGCCUGCUCCGACAACGACAACAGCGACGACAUCAAGGGCAUCGUGCACUACGGCUCGUCCACCGACACCCCCACCACCUCGGCCUACGACUACACGGACGCCUGCGUCGACGAGGACAGCAGCGACCUGGUCCCCUACGUGUCCAAGACGGCCACCUCGGGCACCUCGCUCGCCGAGGCCGUCACCGUCGGCCAAAACUCCGAGAACCUGUUCCGCUGGUACAUGAACUCGACCUCGAUGCAGGUCGACUGGGCGGACCCGACGCUUCUGCAGGUCUACAAUGACGACCUCGACUUCACCAACACGUCGGGCGUCGUCCAGCUCGACACGGCCGACGAGUGGUACUUCUUCGUCAUCGAGACGGACAACGCGGUGCCGCAUCCCAUCCAUCUUCACGGCCACGACUUCUUCAUCCUCGCCGCGGGCACGGGCAGCUACGAGGAGGGCACCACGACGCUGAGCCUGGACAACCCGCCCCGUCGCGACACGGCCACGCUGGAUGCGUCGGGCUACCUCGUGAUCGCGUUCGAGACGGACAACCCGGGCGCUUGGCUGAUGCACUGCCACAUCGGCUGGCACACGUCCGAGGGCUUCGCGCUGCAGAUUCUCGAGCGCUACACCGAGGUCCAGGACUCGCUGAUCGAUUCGGAUACGCUGAACUCGACGUGCUCGGCUUGGUCGACGUAUGCCGAGGCGAACUCGGUCGAGGUGGAUGACUCUGGUGUGUAA